AUGGCCCUCCCCUCCAAGCUCAUACUCUCCAUCCUCGCAGCCCUGGCCCUAACAGCAAUCCACCUCCUCAACACAAUCCACCGCACCCUCCGCCGCCGCCGCCACCACGCCCGACAAUAUGGCUGCCGCCCCAUCGCGCGGGCCUUCAACCGCGACCCGUUCCUAGGGCUCGACACCCUCCCCAGCAUGAUUCGGGCCAUCCGCACCCACCGGAUCCUCGCCCGUGGCCGCGAGCUCUUCGACCGCUACGGCCGUACUUUCACAACCCGCGAGCUGCAGCACCGGAUCAUCCUAACCAUCGAGCCCGAGAACAUAAAGACGGUGCUGUCGGUCAACUUCCAGGACUACGGGCUGCGCCACCGCACCGAACCCUUCCGCCCGCUGCUGGGCCAGGGCAUCUUCAACAGCGACGGCGCGCACUGGGCGGCCUCGCGCGCCCUGCUGCGCCCCAGCUUCGCGCGCGACCAGGUCGUCGCCGAUUUGGCGGUGCUGGAGGCGCUCUUCCAGGAUUUGCUGGAUGUCUUGCCGUGCGAUGGGGCCACCGUGGAUCUGCAGGAGUGGUUCUUCAAGUAUACGAUCGACUCCGCGACGGGGUUCUUGUUCGGAGAGUCGGUGCAUACUCUCCGGACGCCGGUCAACCAGACCCAGGAAGACGAGGGGCAGGUUAGCUUCGCGGAGGCGUUCCAGUAUGCCCAAAAGGCGGUGCUGGUGCGUGGGACCCUGGGCCGGUGGAAUGCGUUGUACCGCGAUCGCAAGGCCGAUGAGUGUAACCGUCACUGUCGCGAUUUUGUGCGCGUGUUUGUGGAUGAGGCGGUUCGUGCGGUCGAGAUGCGCAAGACUGAUGACAGUUCAGGGGAUGUGGACCGGGUGGAGGCGGGAAAGCCCAAGGGCAAGCGCAUCUUCUCGCACGAGCUGGCGGCGCGCACGUCGGAUAAAGAGCGCAUUCUGGACGAGCUGAUGGCGGUGCUUCUGGCCGGACGCGAUACCACGGCCAGUCUGCUGGGGAAUCUGUUCUUCAUGCUCGCCAAAUGUCCGGCGAUCUGGGCGAGGCUGCGCCGCGAGGUGGAGGGCUUGCAGGGUCGUCCACCGAGCUAUGAGGAGUUGCAGGGGUUGAAGUUUGUGGAGUGUUGUAUCAAGGAGUCCCUCCGCCUCCACCCCGUCGUCCCCCGCAACCAACGCGAGGCCAUCCGCGACACCGUCCUCCCCCUCGGCGGCGGGGAUGACGGCCUCUCCCCCGCGUUCGUGCCCAAGGGCACGCUCGUCGGCUACAGCCUCUACGCCAUGCACCGUCGCGCGGAUCUCUACGGGGAUGAUGUCGACGACUUCCGCCCCGAGCGCUGGGAGGACGGCAAGCUCCAGCUGCGGCUGCGCUGGGGGUAUCUGCCAUUCAACGGCGGGCCGCGGAUUUGCAUCGGGCAGCGGUAUGCCUUGACCGAGGCGAGCUACGUGCUAGUGCGCAUGGUGCAGGAGUUUCGUGGACUGGAGAGUCGCGAUCCCGGGCCGUGGGAGGAGAGUCGGGGGCUCACGCUGUGUUCGCGGAAUGGGACACGCGUGGGGCUGGUUCGUUGA